AUGAAACCAGAAACUUUAGUAAAAAGAAUAAUAGAAGCUAUCGAAACGGAAUCACCAACUACAAUAACAUUCAAUGGCAAAAGGAUUAAAAUAUCUAAAAAAAUUAUUGAUAAAUAUAAACAUUGUAAAGUCCGUGAUGAUAUAGAUUUGGAAAGAAUUGACAAGAGUGUAAAGGAAGGUGGAUUUUUACCUUUCCUACCUUUAAUAUUUACUGGUCUGGCCGCAGCAGGUGCGACAGCUGGUGUGGCGGCAGGGAUAACACAAGCCAUCUACGCCAAGAAAGCAGCUGAUGCUGAAAAAAGUGAAAAACGUAGACAUAAUAUGGAAAUGGAAAAAAUAGCUCAAGGUUCGGAAGUAGCAGAUAUAUUAGGGACAGUUAAAGAAUUUGGAAAUCGAUUUAGUGAAGAAACCAAGAAAACAGUUAAAGAGGGAUUAAGUAAUCUAAUAGAUAAAAUCGACACAGGAGAAACGAAGGUCAAAUGUAAGGGUAAUGCUAUAUUUUUUAAAAACAAACAUUCUGGAGAGGGAAUCUUUCUUUCAAAGUAUAAAGGAGAAGGAGUGAUUUUUGGAACAAAAAUAUGGAAUAAAAAAUGGGAAAGAAAUUUAAUCAUUCAGAAAUAUUUCCUAGUAAUCCAAUGCUCAUGUUUAUAUGCGGUAGCUCAGGUUCUGGGAAAACUUAUCUGA